UUUAAUUAAGAUAUCAAAAUAGAUACCAUGGGGUUAUCCCUUUUCUUAUUGGUAUCCAUGUGUAUGCUUUCAAGUGUUCUGUUAUUUCAUGUUGUGGUUGCCAACAAUUUCUCUUCUUUGCUGCAAUCUUGCCAUGAAGAGGAGAGGUUUGCCUUGCUACAGUUCAAGGAAAGCUUUAUCAUCAAUUCAUCUGUUCCGAUCAUUGGUGCUAAUCCAAAGAUUUUAUCAUGGAAACUGGGUGGCAAAAAUAACAACUGCUGUUCAUGGGAUGGUGUCGAAUGUGAUGAGAAGACAGGUCAUGUGAUUGCUCUUGAUCUUAGUAGCAGUUGUCUCUAUGGCUCUAUCAACUCCACUAGUAGCCUCUUCCGUCUUGUUCAUCUUCAGAGGCUGAACCUUGCAAACAAUUACUUCAAUUACUCUCAAAUUCCUUCUGCCAUUAGGAAUUUUCCAAGGCUCAGGUAUCUUAACCUCUCUAACUCUAUCUUUUCUGGUGAAGUCCCAUAUGAAGUUUCACUGUUGUCAAAGUUGUCAACCCUUGAUCUAUCUUUCAAUUUUGAUAGAUCAAGGGUUGGCUCUGUCUUUCCUGGUGAAACAUUGUUGAAACUGAAUGCAUCCACUAUGAGAAGACUAGUUCAAAACUUAACCAGUCUUCAAAAGCUUCAUCUCAGUUUCAUCAACAUAUCCUCGCCAGUACCCAACUCCAUAGCAAAUUUAUCGUUUUUGACAUCUCUCCUCCUUGAAGAUUGUGCGCUCUUUGGUGAACUCCCCAUAAGAAUUUUUAAAUUGCAAAACUUAAAAACUCUUAGUGUGAGGUUCAACCAAAAUCUCGUUGGUCAUGUGCCUGAAUUUAAUAGAAGUAGUCCUCUCAUGUCACUGGAUAUCAGUGGAUGCAGUUUCUCAGGGGUGAUUCCAUUUUCAGUUGGUAAUCUUAAGCAGCUCAAUUAUUUGCGCCUUUCAGAAAAUAGAUUUACUGGUCCAGUCCCUGCAUCCUUAGCAAACCUCACCCAACUUGUAAAAUUAGCACUUUGUUAUAAUAAUCUUAGUGCUGGUCCCUUGUCUUGGGUUGGUAAGCAAACCAAACUUGCUAGUCUAGGACUUCGAGGCAUCAAUUUAAGUGGUUACAUCCCGUCUUCUCUUAGCAACCUCACAGAGCUCAAUUAUCUUAACCUUGGUGUUAAUGAGCUAACCGGCCCAAUCCCAUCUUCGCUAGGUAACCUUAGCAGACUAGUUGGCAUAGAACUUGGUCAAAAUAAAUUUUAUGGACCAAUUCCCGAGUUAUUCUACAAUUUCAUAAACCUCCGAACCCUUUCACUAUAUAGCAAUAGUCUGAGCGGUGUUGUGGAGUUUGACAGGUUUCUCAAGUUACAAAAUGUCACCGAAAUCAUGUUAUCUGAUAACAAAUUGGAGUUGCUCACUGAGUCCAGAUCUCCAAAUGCAAGUGUUCCACAGCUCAGUGUCCUAGGGUUGAGAUCAUGCAGCGUAAGAGAGUUUCCAGAUUUCCUAAGAUUCCAACAAAAAUUGCAGUGGCUGGACCUUGCUGCAAACAAUUUGCAGGGGCCAGUACCGAAAUGGAUAUGGAACACAAGCACUGAAACUUUGCAGAUGCUGCUCAUUCAUGACAACUUCCUUUCAGGCUUUGGCCAACCUCAAGCUGACCAACAUCUAGUUGUUCUUCCCUGGCUUAACUUACGUAUGUUGUGCUUUUCGCACAACUCCUUAGAGGGACCCUUACCAAUACCUCCACCAUGCAUCGAAAUUUAUGAUGUUUCGGCUAACCAACUAUCUGGAGAAAUUUUACCAUUGAUCUGCCAUCUGACUUCUCUUCAGUUGCUUGACUUGUCAAACAACAAGUUGAGUGGCAUGCUUCCACAGUGUCUUGGAUACUUUAGUGACUAUCUGAAGGUCUUAAGACUUGGAAACAACUCUUUUCAAGGCAUUCUUCCCCAAAUAUACAGCCAGAGAAGCAUACUCAAGAUGAUUGAUGUUAGUCACAACCAAUUACAUGGGCAAUUACCGAGGUCAUUGGCGAAUUGUGUAAUGCUCGAGUUUCUUGGUCUCUCAAACAAUUAUUUUAGUGAUGUAUUCCCUUUUUGGUUGGGGACUCUUCCGGAGUUAAAAGUUUUAGCAUUGCGCAAUAAUGGCUUCCGUGGUGUGUUAGGAAAGCCUGAAUACAGUCGUGGUUUCCCCAAGUUGAGCAUUUUUGAUUUGUCUUACAAUAAUUUCACAGGUCCGUUUCUGAUUGACUACAUCUUUUCUAAGAAUGCUAUGAUGAGAGUGGACAUCAGUGUAAACCAGUCGACAUAUAUGAAGGCAGACAUUAAUUAUGGGGACAAUGGCUUGAUUACUUCUUUUGCCUACUCAAUAAGCAUUGCAGUUAAAGGUUUGGAGUUGUACUAUCCACGGCUUCAAGAAGCCUUUGCAGUCAUUGAUAUCUCAAGCAAUAGAUUUGAAGGGAGGAUACAUGAAUUCAUUGGGAAUCUAAAAGGGCUUCGCUCUCUCAACGUCUCAAAUAACAUUUUCACUGGUUCCAUUCCAUCGUUCUUGGGGAACUUAACACUGCUUGAAUCAUUGGAUGUUUCCCAAAACAAGCUCUCAGGGGAGAUUCCUCAGCAAUUGGUGAAGCUCACUUUCCUUGCCAAGUUCAAUGUUUCCCACAACAAGCUCACCGGUCCUAUACCACAUGGAACCCAACUUACCUCUUUCGACAUGACUUCCUACGAGUGCAACUCAGGAUUGUGUGGAGAUCCAUUGCCAGAGAAAUGUGGAAAUCCUUCCCUUCCACCUUCAAGUGUAGAAGAAAAUGAUCCAAUUGAAUUUGAUUGGAAGUUUGUUGUUGCGGGGUUUGGAAGUGGGUUGGUUGUAGGAGUAGUUCUUGCGGACCUUUUGAUCACAAGGUUUCGUGAACGGUUUAUCAAGAUUGUUGGAAUGAUCACACAAAUGAAAAGGAGAAGACAGAGGAGAAACUAAAAUUGAUGAGACGUCUAUUACAAGGUUAUGUUUUUUCUUCUGUUUGCCUUUUUUUUUUUUUUUUUUGCUUUUGCUUCCCUGUACCCUUGCCUUAUGUCUGCUGUUUGUACUUAUAAUUUGAUUGAUGGAUGCAUUAGCAACCAGAGUAGUACUAGUUGUUAUAUAGACGAACAAGUAACCUAUGCAAAUAAAUAUUUCAGAAUGUUCCACAUAAUGAUUGUAUUACUUACCUCUAGAUAGAUAAGACUUGUGUAAUGUGCUUAAUCUAUACUAUAUUUAAGAGAAUAAGGCUUACUAUG